UUUCAGGGCGGUUUAUAUGUUGUUCGUUAAUGGAGGCGGUGUGAAAAUAAUCACCCAAUUUGGAACUUACUUUGCCGAGAAGAAACAUGAAUUUCACCUGCUUAGAAAAAGGACCGAGCGAUGCAGCAUUCAUUGCUCUAUCAUCAUGGUUCGCUUUGUCUGGUUUAGCAGCUGUAUUCGGUAAUACAGUUGUGUUAUGGCUCUUCUACAAAAGCAAGUCCCUACGAACAGUUUCGAACAGAUUUUUGGUCUCGUUGUCCGUUGCGGAUCUCUUGGUGGGAGCUGUUGUGGAGCCAAUCUUUUUAGUCGAAUAUCUCACUCAGUCAGUAGAUAAUCAAAACGUAAUACAUUUCUUCUGGAUUCACUCUACAGCUGCAACUACAUGGAAUUUGUGCUGCGUUUCUGUUGACAGGUUCGCUGCAAUUCGCUUUCCUUUAAAUUAUCAAGUGAUUCUAACAAAGAAAAGAUGUUGUGUAGUGAUAACCGUGAUCUGGGUAAUCUCUCUGUUCCUUCCUUUCACGAUAAUGUUUGUGAAAAAUGAAGCAACUGAUCAUCACGCAGAACUGUGGUUAUCAUUUGAAUUCAUUUUAUUUGUGUUUCCGAUUAUCGUGGUAUUUUUCUGCUACAUUUGUAUUUUCAAAACAGCCAAUAAACAAUACAAACGAGUAAAAAAAGACUAUCAACACGGGGAUGACAGCUCACGCCGGGCUUUAAACAAUUUCAAAGCUAUCAAAACAGUUGGACUUGUUUUGGGUGUUUUUAUCGUUACAUGGAUGCCAUCUUUAAUCUUGGCUCUUGUCACCUAUUAUUACCGUAAAACAGAGCAUGAACAAUGCGAAGAACAGGAAUUGCAUUCCAUGGCGUUGCCUUGGGCAGAAGCAGCGGCUUUUACUUCAUCAGCUAUCAACCCAUUGAUAUACUAUUUCAGAAAUGGCGAGUUUUGCCAAGCCUUCAGAAAUACCUUUAAUUUUGAUCGGUUGCACAGUGUUUACUAUAAAAAUGCACCAGACCCUGGAGCAAAGCAAGAGCAGACCCGGAUAGAUGGAGGUGUUGGAAUUCUUAGGAAAUUUCCAAGUAACGAGACACAGCCGUAAGGAAAACUAAACAGUGCUUCCGAUUAGUCCUAAAUUUGGUCGUCAAAGAGAUACAGAAACUUUCUUUCAGUCGGUGGAGACCUAGAGCAAGAUAGGGUUGAAACAUAAAUGACAUCACAGGAGAUUAAUGUUCUAGAAUGUUCCUUGAUUCAUAUUUUAAUGCUCAGUCUUGCUGCAUGAUGUUCAUUUAUAAAUUAAGUAGGAUCUAAUCAUACAAGAUGGUUUAAACUUUCAAGCAUAACUUAAAAGAUGAAGCCUAAAUCAAUCUUUUGUUGGUGUCACUCG